GGUGAAUAAAGCAGAGUUCUGGUUCUGGUUGGAGAGUAAGUGGAUCUACAGGGUAGAGGUCAGUACUGGACCGUGUCUGAGGUCUGUUAUUACAGAUUGAAAAUGCGGACUGUGCUGCUGUUAGCCUGCCUGCUGGCCCUCAGUGUCACUCUGCCGGUGCACAAAAACAGAGUGAAGCGUUCUGACAGCUCAGAGGGUGGCGGGGAGGAAUCUGAAGAUGGCAGUGAAGAGGGGAGUGAGGGAGAGAGAGAGGAGGGAGAUGGAGACGGAGGAGAAGAAGGAAACAAUGGUGGUGAAGAAGAAGAAGAAGAAGAAGAAGGGGGAGAGGAGGGAGAAGGAGAAGAGGCUGGAGAAGGGGAAGAGAUUGAAGGAGAAGAGGAGGGAGGAGAAAGGAGGUGA